AUUUUCGCUGCGUAUAUCCUGCGGUCUGAAGAUUUGUCUGCAGCACCGUGAGGGGUAGGAGUUUUGGUUGGUUAUUCACAGAACCGUGGUUCACUGACCACCUCUAGCAUGUACCUGAUCUGGAAAUGAAGGGCAUCCGCAGCACGGAAACCGACAACCAACCCAACGGCCCGGUACCAAAAUUGAUUAGUCGCGUCACUGUCCAGGCUGCUGGGGAUAAUAACCCAAACGAUGAUUACGAAGAAGACAAAGGUGAUUUUGUAACCGACGACACGCAAUAUGUGGCUAACAAGAAGCAGAUUGACUGGAAGCAGUACGACAAAUGCAAGAGGUGGCUAAGAGAGGUGGAAGGAGACAAAUAAAGCGUAAAGGUUCUGUUGGCUGAUUUGUGAUCUCGUUUGUCUGUUGUAUCUAGCCUGGGGUUGGCAUCAUCGUUGCCAAAGAACGCUCGUGU